CUACGCAGGCACUUCCGCCCCUUUCUAAGAUGGCGCAGGCGGAAGGGGCCUGUCACCGUCCGCUGGCGACGUCGCGGCUGGAGUUGAACCUGGUGCGGCUGCUUUGUCGCUGUGAGUCGAUGGCGGCCGAAAAACGAGAACCGGACGAGUGGCGUCUGGAGAAGUAUGUGGGUGCCCUGGAAGACAUGCUGCAGGCCCUGAAAGUCCAAGCAAGUAAACCGGCCUCGGAAGUGAUCAGUGAGUACUCCCGCAAAGUGGACUUUCUGAAGGGCAUGCUGCAGGCUGAGAAGUUGACCUCCUCCUCUGAAAAGGCUCUAGCUAACCAGUUCCUGGCUCCUGGCCGCGUGCCCACCACAGCCAGGGAGCGGGUGCCUGCCACCAAGACUGUACAUUUGCAGUCUAGAGCACGUUACACCAGUGAGAUGCGGAGUGAGCUGUUGGGCACGGAGUCCUCUGGAGAGCUGGAGGCGGACAUGAGGAAGCGAGUCAGUGUGAAGGGGCCUAGACCUGCAGAUGAGAAGCAGUCAGCGUCCGAGCUAGACCUCGUCCUCCAGAGGCACCAGGGCCUCCAGGAAAAGCUGGCUGAGGAGAUGCUAGGCCUGGCCCGCAGCCUGAAGACCAACACACUGGCUGCCCAGAGUGUCAUCAAGAAGGACAACCAGACCCUGUCACAUUCGCUCAAGAUGGCAGACCAGAACCUGGAGAAGCUGAAGCUGGAGUCAGAGCGGCUGGAGCAGCACGCACAGAAGUCGGUGAACUGGCUGCUGUGGGCCAUGCUCAUCGUCGUGUGCUUCGUGUUCAUCAGCAUGAUCCUGUUCAUCCGCAUCAUGCCCAGACUGAAAUAAAACAACACCCGCCCACCAA